AUGGCUUCAGUGGACAAGGCGCCGGAGACGGAUAUCAAGAUCAUCCGCAGAAAGCUCAACAGCUUUGUUGGUUUCGCCAACUUGCCCAAGCAGUGGCACAGAAAAUCCGUCAGAAGAGGUUUCUCUUUGAACUUUAUGGUUGUUGGUGAAAGCGGUUUGGGAAAAACUACUUUGGUCAACACCUUGUUCAACAAGGAGGUUUUGGCUAAGGCAGCUGAGCCCGAGGAAGACGAGAAUGUGGAGAACCCAAGUGGAGAGAUUCCAGUGAGAAUUGAGACCACGAAGGCCGAAAUUGAAGAGGACGGCGUGAAGUUGAACUUGAAUAUUAUCACGACGCCCGGUUUUGGCGACUCGUUGAACAACAGUGAAUCCUGGAAGCCUAUUGUGGACGAGAUUGACCAGAGAUUUGACCGCUACUUGGAAGCCGAAUCUCGCGUCAACCGUAGCCAGGUGCCUGACGAGAGAAUCCAUGCCCUUUUGUACUUUGUGGAGCCAACUGCCCACUCUUUGAAGAGUUUGGAUAUUGAGCUUAUGAAGGCCGUGCACCAGAAGGUGAACUUGAUCCCAGUGAUCGCCAAGUCGGACACUUUGGUGGACGAGGAGAUCCAAGGUUUUAAGGAGCGUAUCUUGGCUGACAUUGAGCAUCAGCAGAUUAGCGUGUUCGAGCCCUCUGUGUAUGACAAUGACGACGAAGAGACUGUCACAAACUCCAAGUCUCUCAUUGGGGCCUACCCAUUCGCCGUGGUUGGUUCAUUGAACGAGGUCACCACUCCCGAUGGCAGAUCAGUCAGAGGCAGAUCUUAUCCAUGGGGCACAAUCGAGGUCGACAAUGGCGACCACAACGACUUUGUCCGUUUGAGACAGUUGUUGAUCAGAAGCAACUUGGAGGAGCUCAAGGAGAGCACAAACGAGAAGUUGUACGAAAACUAUAGAUCGACCAAGUUGCUCAACAUGGGCAUCGAGCAAGACCACACUGUGUUCAAGGAGUUUGACCCCAUGACGAAGCAGGAGGAGGAGAGAGCCUUGCACGAGGCCAAACUUGCCAAGAUGGAAGCCGAGAUGAAGGCAGUGUUCCAGCAGAAGGUGAGCGAAAAGGAGAAGAAGUUGCAAAGGUCCGAAGCCGACUUGUUUGCCAGACAUAAGGAGAUGAAGGAGAAGUUGAUGAAGCAGAUCAAGUUGUUGGAAGACAAGAAGGCGCAGUUGGAAAAGCAAAAGAGCUUACCACAAGAACCGCCUGUGCUGUCGACGCCACAGAAGACCCGUAAGGGUUUCUUGCGUUAG